UGUGAUUGAAAAAUGGCUGCGUGUCUGCAAAUCAGCGUCAAUGAGAACACAGCUGUUUUCAAAUGUCAUAAUAAAGCAAAUAGCAGACCUAAACAACACAAAUUUUCGUGUUGCUGAAGUUAGUUAUAAAUUUAAUUAAAUACACUUAUGAUGAACAGAGAAAAUCUUCCAACUUUUAUAUAGUCUCAUCGCACCAACGUUUUUAUAAGAGAUUCGCCUACUCGAACAAAUUGUCACACUGAAAAUAUCCUAGUUCAGUCUUCACAAUAUAGGUGAUCUAGAUAAGUGGACAUUGCCGAACAUCCAUUUUUAAUGGUGAAAAUUCCCAAGUUCCUAUUAUAUUGUGACAUAAGUUGAGCUAUAUAAUGGAUAAACAGGAUAAAAUGGAUACGGCAGACGUAACAUCGCCCGAAAAAGAAGAGAAAACAGAAAAACCUGUGAUAAACAUAGAUCUUUCCCAAAUGAAUGAAGAGCCUUUGCUUGGAUCAGUGACUACAUUUAGCACUGUAGAUAGAAAUGAAGUCAAAGGGCAGCAACUCAGAUCUAGUGCCCGCGUCUCCAAAAAAAUGAAGCUAGAUUCUACUACACCAGUAGUUCCAGAAAAAACUGAUAAAAAGGAAGAUACUAACAGCAAACCUGAUGUUAAAAAGUUCUCUAGACCAUUGUGGACAUCGGAUGACAAAGCAAUCUUUUUUGAAGCUCUAAAUGAGUUUGGAAAGGACUUUGAGUCUAUACAUACCUACAUGGCGCACAAAUUAAGAAAGAAAGGUGUCCCUGAUAAUCUUAUCAAAACAAAGGAUCAAAUUAGGCACUGGUAUAACCGAACAUGGCAUAAGAUUUCAAAGCAUCUCAAGUUUUCUGAUAGCUUGAAGAAAAAUGUCCAAGAACUUUAUGGAUUGAUCAAUUAUGGAGAGUUAAGGAAGAGAAUAGGACCGGUAAAUCAGAAAAAUUUGCUGAAAUUACAGGAGCUUGUGUAUAAAGGAUCACUUUCAAUAAGGAGUAAAGGUCGGAUAUUCAGGAUAAAAACUCCUUUCUGCAAAGCCCUCAGGAAAUUGAAUCAACUAGACGAAAAAUAUGAUGAAAUAAAAUUGCCAAACAAGAUAACGAUUGAAUUGCGUCCCAAAGAUAUGAUGUCAUAUUUCAAAGUACAAACUAAUGCUCAAAAUCCACGAAUACAUGCAGAAACCAGGCUUCAGACACGUUUAAGCAGCUUUAUGGAAUAUCUUACAGAAAAAUGGCGAACCAUUGAUGCGGUGACAUAUGAUAAGGCACAGAUUUCCUCAUAUCCUAUCAUUACAAACUCCUGUAUGCCUUCAGAAACAGAGUGCUCGGAAAAUCGAACUAUUCUCAAUCCACUAUUAAGAUUGACACCACCUGAAGGAUGCAAAAUCGAACUUCCUACUAUUAAUUUGUCAGAGUAUCUCACCAGACAAGGCGUUAGUCUGUAUUUGUAUGAAAAAAGUUUAGGAAUCAUAAAUCCAGAGUAUAAAAGAUAUAAUGACAACCACUACAGGCUGAGUAAAAGUAAUUCAAGAAAAGGUAGACUUAGAACAGGAAGCAUGAGUGAAAAAUCUCCUCUGAAAAACACAAGUAAUGAAGAAAUAGAUGAGAAUAAUGAUAGUGAGUCCCCUGAAACUAAAGUCGGUGAAGAAGUAAAGUCACAGGAUAACCAAGAGAGUAUUGCUUUAAAAAUAAAAAACGAAGAAUUGCAAAACAAGGAAAAGGAAGCUAGGAUAGCCGCAAUCCGAAAAGGCUGGACGUUGCAAGAGUGUGAGAGUUUGACAUUAGGUGAGAUAUACCUGAUGUUUGGGUCUGAAUUUAAAUUAAUUUUGGAGUACAGCUGGGAUCCGGUCAAAGCUACAAUACAGAGCAAAGUUGAACUAAGUCCUGAUAGUGGCGUGGAAGUAAUAACAGAAUCCAACGAGGGAGAUGAACAAGAAAGCUUCAUUGAGAAUUUGAAGAAACUUGAUAUUAGUACGGCGCUGCUGAAGCUAUUAUCAACAGCAAAAUUACAUUAUAGAAAAAAUGUAAUAAGCUGUCCUUGUGGGCAUGUUUGUGGUACAAAUACGUCAGUAAAAAAGUCUGUCAAAAAGAUUGCGACAACAAACGAUAAAGCCUGUGAUACAGUUCAAACAAAAUGCAGUGUAAAUGAUGGUAUACUCGAGAAUGGUCGUAGAUUUUCUUCAAGUCCUGUAUAUUUACAGCCAAAAUUACCUAUAUCUCCAGCUGAUUAUCAUCAGAAUCAGUCCAAGUUGAUGUCGCAGAUUGAUUCUAUCCAAAGAAUGAAGCCAAAGUACUGCAAUAGGAGAGGAAGGCCAAAAUCCAAGCAAGUGGUAGUGGAAAGGAGAUUGCCUUUACUUCCAAAUAGAGUUGAGAGUGGUCAUCAAAUUGUAAGAGUAAACAUCAUAUCACAGGAUAACUCCAAGACAAUACCAGAUUCAUCACAAACCAUCAGUGGCAUAUUGUUGAAGACUGAGGAUAAUUUGCACACCACCCCAUGUAUAGCAAGUACUUCCAAUCCUGUGUUUCUCCAAGAAUCUUGUGGCACUGAUAUUCUGGCAGCUUCUUUAAUAAAAAGUGAGGUGAACCUGGAACUGGUGAAUGAGAAUACCAUUUUAAAUUCUGCUCCUACCAGUCCUUCCAGAAUUCUAAAGGAAGGAGACAACCAGUGGAUAAGCUCCGAAGUAGUGGAUUACUCCUUAAGCAGUUUACUAGGACAUUUAGAGUCGCCUGUUAAAGCCAGCUCCUCCUCUAAUUUAUCAGUAGACGACAGUCAUAUGUCGCAUGAUGUCGAUGCACAGUUACAGUCACUGUUGACUGAAAGCAGCAUGGACUUCUCUGCCAGUUUUGCUGAUCUGGCCGCACAAGUUACUCAGGAGAAUAAAGGGUAAUAUAAUGGUGGAAAUUCAAUUUCCCGAUUACUUCUGGAGUACAAAUUAAUUUAUUUGUAAGGAUACAAGCAGGAUUUUCAUUUUGAAGGAACUAAUUUGCACAAUACAGGUUGUUUCAAAUGCAACCCUCAGCAUUGGGAUCUAGGAAACUGUAAGAUACGCUCAAAUGGGGGCAAAAUUGUGUAUUUAGGAAUCAACCGAAUGCCUCUUAGGAACGAGAAGGAAAAAACAGAAUUUUCCCAAAAUUGUUUUAAUUUUGUCCUGAUUAUAUUUGUAGUAGGAUUUCAAAUUAAAUUGCACAUUAACAUUGUUGUCUGUUCUCCUCUACAAGAAGGCAUAAUUAGAAUUUUAAUAUGACGUUUCGUCUCUUGUUCACCAGCAUCAACUUUAUUUUCUCUUAUGGACGCCAUAUUGGACCUUUGCACAGAUGACUAAAGCUUUUAAUUUUGAUUCCGAAAAUUUAUAACAUGUUAUACAUUGACAUUUCCAGACCUCAGUUAUGUUAUUUCAAAAAAGCAGAGUUUCCUAGGUAGCUCUUGAAAUUAUCAGAUAGUCAUUUGUUUCGCAUAUCAGAUUUAUCUCAAAAUCACUUUUAUUUUUUUCGACUUUGUUUGAGAUGAGAUUUAAAAAUAAAUUGCGCGUUGUCAUUGUUACUCAUUCUCCUAUACAAAAUGAGUCCCCUAGUUUCAAAACCCGACAAAUCCACUUAGGUCAAAUUUUGGUAAAAUGCAAAAAACUGUUCUGAUAUGAUCCAUUCAUCUAAUUUUGAAGAUAUUUGGUAGUCAUAUCAGGACCAUGGUAGUAAGAUAUAAAACGGAAUUGCUUCUUUCUAAAGUACAUUAAUAAAGUCAGAGUUUAAAUAAAUAAAAUGGAUUUGUCUGAUUUUGAUAUUAAAAUUUGGAUUUGUCGGAUUUUGCCUCUCAUUUAGAAGAGUUUGUCUUGAUUCAGACUUGAAUAAAAACAAUAAAAAUGGCGUAUUACUUUGAAAUUAUUUUAAUAAACAUAAAUAUACAAACGUGUUUUAUAAUACAAAAAUAAUUAGACCACUAAAUCGGGAAUUUCCUCAACUGGUUCACAUAAGUUUCCAGCCUCAACUUCCGCGCUGUCAACGAGGGGAGAUUCAUCAUACUUCUUUAGAACUUCACUGUAGUACUGCAGAUUCUCUAACGCAUGCCAUUCCUUACCCCAGUGUUUUUCUAUUAGAACCUUUACGUCGUUAAGUUUCGCCUGAUUGGGCAUAACACCAUGAGGUACUUCAGACUGUAUAAUGCUGCUUACUGUCUGUCCUUUUUUAAAUACGGACGUAUACUCUCCAAGAUCGGUCUUAUAAGACUGUUCUCCUCGAACUGUGACUACUUUGUUUCUACCUUUUCUAAGUAAAAAUCUUUUACUCAUAUUAAAUCUUGAAAUGCCAUUGAGCAGGUGGUUUGAUUGAAUUCUGAGAAUCUUUUUUCCAAUCGUAUACCUUGACAUCCUUACCAAGUAUAAAAACAGUUCCAUAAUCUUUAAAUAUAUUGGAAACUCAUCUGGCGAUGCGAUGGUUUUUUUUUCUUUAUCACUUUUUCGAUACGAGCAAAAACCCUAUCAGGUGGGAUGAAUGAGUGUCCAGCCACGGGAAAUAUAACUUCCAUGUUUGUGCUGCAAAGUUUGUGGAAGACUGCACUGGCAAUUUCGUUGGCACCUUUAUGAUGUUGGUCCUCGGUCCACGUAUAUAAAAAUACAUUUUCCUUAGAUAGUAGUGAAUGAGAAGAUCCUGUUACGGCGGCAGAAUUAUAGGUAUAUAGCUGUCUACUAUAAUAGACCGACUGAUCAGGAAUCUUUGGCAUUGCCUGGUUUUUCUGACAGUCAAAAGAUAUUGUCUUAAGACCUUGCCUUUCUUCCCUAGGUAAAUCAAAAAAAGCUUUUGCCCGUAAUUUAUGGAACCUGCGUUGAGUCAUUUUCGACUUUAAUUUUUUCCAUCAGUUGAAGGCAAGUCGAACAAACGUCAGUUCUUGGAGAACCAAAGCCAAUAUUAUAGCAAGUAUUAAAAAUAUGUCGGAAGUAACUUUUUUCAACUAUGAUAAUCGAAGCAUCAACCUCUGCUUCCUUACAGUAGUUCCGCCACAUCUUUGAAAUAUUUAGUUCAGAUGGUAGGUAGUGCGACAGCUCCUAUUUCUGCAAUAAUGAGAUUCCACAGAUCUAUGUUUUUCAAUAAAUCUCAUUAUAGAUGAUUUUUUCGCCGUAAAUACGAGCGUUUUUCGAUCGCUUCCUCUGUUUUCGCGAGCCAUCUGUUUUUGUUCAUGAAAUCGCUUCAACACACCUAUUAUGCGAUCUUUCUUUAUCUUUAAAAUAGAAACAAAGGCUUUCUGACAAACAGGAAUUUUUUUAGUCGAGUCGGCGAGGCCAAUAUUAUACGUUAUGGAAAAGGUUUUUCGAUAGUUUUGAUUGUCGGUACGGCCUCGACGUUUGAUGUCAUGUGUCUCGCAGUAUUUAAUAAUGAAGUUAUCCUGGCCUACCUUAUCUUUAUGCAAAUAAAAAUGUCGAUGAAACUCUUUCACAUCACGCAUGGACAGGUAGCUACAUCUAUAAGAUUUUGUAGCAUGCUGACAACUUGGAUAAUCAGGUAAAUCUGUAGGUUUAUAUCUGAAAAUUAUGGAAACAGAAGUAAUAUUUAAUUUAAAAAAAUGCUUUUUACCUCUCAUUCUUUUGCACCUCUCGUUUCCACAUGCUUGGUCGGGAUACACGUUUUCGCGCCAAAUCUGGAGUCACCGGCUUAGGGCACUCACCAAUAAGCUCCAUUAUUAGUAUCUAAUAGUAUUUGUAUGUAUAAUAUUGUUUAGCGGUGUUAUUACAUUAAUUAAAUACACGCUAUUGGUAAGUAUUUUCAAAUGUAUACACAAAUAAACUGUUCGUUUUGCUUAGACGUACUAGCUCUGCGAUGUUACUAUCAAAAUCUAGACGGUUGAAUAAACAGUGGAGGGUGGAAGGUAUGACCUCGUUCGGCUGUUCUGAUUGGCCAAACUGGAUUUGUCGGUAUUUGAUUUCAACUCUGACUGUAAUUGUCGGGCUUUGAAGCUAACAGCUAUUUUUAAAUUCAAAUAUUAUACGGAUUUGCUGUAUUCUGAAGUAUCAAAAUAUACUAAAUGAUAGAGAAUUGAUAUUAGAGUAUAUUGCCAUAUCAAACUCAUUUUCCGCAAAAAUUGGAUUUGUCGAGUUUUGAAACCAGACGAUUCAAAUGGUGUAGUCAAAUUUUCAAUUCGACAUUUCUUCUUUUGACUUCCAUCACCACCUUUAUUGUUUUUCCAUAUGGACACUACAUUGGAAUUUUGUACAUUUAGGGCCGUUUCGUCCGUCGUUCAUACAAUUGUAGGGCGCCUCUAUGGCCUCCUUGAUUUUCAUAGUUUUCUACUUUUCCGUGUCACCGCUCUAUUUUGAGGUUAUGUCACAAGUAUCUAUUUGCAUCAAAUUGUUCAAUCUUUUGAUUUAUAUCAUGUUUUAUCAACCUGAAAUUUCCCACAAUUCAAAAAGAAAACAUAACUUCACAAUAGGAGAGCGCUGACGCUGACACGGAACAGAUGCAAUCUAGAAAUUUUUGAAGGAGAGAAAAUACUAUGACAAUCAAGGAGGCCAUAAAGGUGUCCUACAAUUGUAGGAAUGAAUGAUGAUACGGCCAUUAAACUCAGGAUAAAAAUAAAAGUGAUUUUAGUAGGCGAAACAAAUGACUCUCUGAUAAUUUCAAGGCCUACAUAGGAAAUCCUGCAUUUUUUGAUGUAACUUAAGUUUUUGCAACAUCAAUGUAUGACGUAUCAUACAUUUUUGGAAUCAGAAUUAAAAACUCUCUUCAUCUAUGCAAAAAUCCAAUAUGGCGUCUAUAAAGAAUGCUGCAGGACAAGAGGUGAAACAUCAUAUUGAAAUUCUAAUUAUGCCAGCUCGUAGAGGAGAAAAAGUGACAAUGUUAAUGUGUAAUUUAUUUUGAAAUCCCACUAGAAAUAAAGUCGGGAAAAAAUUAAAAACUCCACUUUGGGAAAAGUCUUUUUUCCCGUCUCUCUUAGGAAGUACGAGUACAUUGAAUUUCUUUCUAAACGGCGUUUGUCCAACUUCUUCCUCAUUCAAGCGACUUCGUAUCUCUUACAGUUUUAGAGCCCAACCAACAAUUAUCACUCCUAUUAGAGUUGCAAGAACGAUUAUAUAUAUCCCAAUGGUUGGAGUCGAAUUUGAAACAAUGUGAUAAUGGAUCAUUUGGCGUAGCAACCACAGAGUACUACUAAAGGCUCCCGCCUGCCAAAAAUCAGUUUCUAUCAACGACAACUUGAGUCCUAUGCGUUUCAUAGGAUUUUCGUUGCUAUCAGCUGUUACUGUGACAUUUAGGGAUAUUCGAUUUACUUACUUCUACUGUUGUUGGUAGUUAAGGUUAUAUUCAGUAUAAAAAUCCUAAAUGGAUGUGGGCAAAUGAUAAAUUUCUUGAUUGUGAAGUAUGACAUUCUUGACAUCAGCGUAACCAACCCUGGGCAAAAUUCCUCCGGACACACGCCCAUGGAAUCAGGUAGGAAACGCGCGGAACAGUUGGAGAUACGAAAAUCAAAGGCAGCGACAGUAGCUGUCGUAUCUGUAUAUAACUACUACUCAGACUUACCACUCAAACCGGUUUUUUAAUAUCCGACACGUGUUUCGCUAACUAUAUUAGCAUUUUUAGAGGAAGUUUAAAAGUGGUAAAACUCUAUAGUACUAAGAAGCCUUACAAAAAUACUCAGGUGCAAAAUAAACAUAACACUCAAACUGGUGAAAUUAGGAAUGUCAUAGCUUGUUUAAUCAAUAAGUAUAGUCAUUAUCUUAUAUCCAAUAAUUUGAUUAUUCCUUCCAGGACUUGAUAGGGGGUCUAACAUCCAACAAAUCUCACCAUAUAUAUAUAUUAUUCGAAAAUCAAUAGUUUUCGAGACUUUUCGGUUCUUUGUGAUUUUGAACCAUUACCCGAAAUUGGAUAUUUUAGUCUGAAUAUUAAACGACUAUGUUAGAUAUGAGUGAGCUGCUAUGGUUUUCGUAGUCUGUACUCAAAUUAAUAAUAAUAUAAUAUAAUAAUCGUACAAAAGUACAAAAAAGGCGAAGUGUCACUAAGAUUAGCAUUUGUCAACUGAACCCUUAAAGCAACAAAUUAUAUAAUACAAGUAUAAUACUUAACUAAUAGAAAUGUACCUAUAUCACUCAAUAAUAACUUAUUAAUUAACAACACAAACAAAUAUAAUCAAUCACAAGAAUAGUCCAAUAGAAUAUUUCCAGCCUUUUUUGUUCACCUUUAGACCUCAACGUGCAAUUUUAGUUGUAGUCUCUUUUUAACAUUAAAUACUGUGUAAUUUUGGAACGUAACAGGCAGAUCAUUAUAUAAUUUAAUGUCUUUGUAACUAAAUAAUUUUUUGUAGGUACAGCCUGAGAAUGUAAGGGUGUCACUGACAUAUUUCUGUUCCUUUUAUCCAGUUAAUUUAUGCUGCGGCAUCGUACUAACUUAUGUAAAUGUCGUGGUUGUUUGGUGGCUAAACCUUAUUUGUGAGUGUCAAUGAGUGGAAUUUUUGCAUGCCUUUUAUCUGCAGAAUACCAAGUUCCUUAAAUUUAUGAGAAAUAUGGUCAAACUUUCGUCUUCCGCAAGAAAAUCUGACGCAUGAAUUUUGAAUACGCU